UUCCUUCUCGCUCUGGAAGGCUGUCAGUUCCCGCUCCCGCACCGGCUCCGUGACGACUGCACCAGGACACGACACGAUGCCGCAGGUCUUCGCCGCCGUAGCGCUCUUCUUUGGAUACCUGGCGACGCUCGGAGGACUCCGACUAGCGUUAGCGGCCCCGUCCAACAGCGACCUACAAGGAAAGGACUACUAUGAAGAUGGCUUGGUGAAGCUCAUCAUAAAAGCCUUUGCGGACGAAGUACUACGGGAGGUGUCCGACGGCCUCAGCAAGAGCCAGAUAAGCCUGCUGAAGGAGAAGCUGGAGAAGCUUCCCGACCACAUCCAGAACCAUCCCGCCAUGGGCCAGAAGCAGCUCUGGGUCGGCAAGGGCAGGCCGCCGCUCACCAAGGACACGGACCGCAAGGAGAGGCACGCGCUCACCGCUAGACGCAAGUGGGUGUUCCACAAGCGCAAUGGGGCUCUCGUUCUUCCUUCGGAGGAAAUCUGUCAGACAACAACUCAGUGGGAGCAGCUGAACAGGACCCAGGACUACGACGGUCACGAGGUCGAAAUCGUCCAAGACGAGGUCCAGCAAUACGUCUUUUCCUAUCGCUGUGCCACGGCGCAGAACCCGUGCACAGCCAUUUCGGCGCUCUACGACAGCGAGUGCACGGAACGCAAGGGCUGGAUGUACCUCUACUACAGGCCGCUGGAGGGCGAAGACCGGACCGCCAAAUGGGGCUACGUCUCCGUCAACCACCACUGCGUCUGCAAAGUCACACCCAAGGGAGUCCGCUAGGCACUUCCGCGCACCUUGCCCUGUGAUCGCUUCUGCGGUAGUCAAACGCGCGUGGAGUGAACAGGACCUGUAAGAAUGGCGACUUGCCCGGCACCUGGGCAAACUUUCAGUGCUCGUUAGUCGCGCUAUAGUGCCUUGAACUUGUCUGCGACUGGUACGUUUAUCGCGUCCCCUGUCCUCCCCAUUUGAAAUGGUGACGUCACAGUUAAGGAAUGCUGCGGAUAGCAGCGAAUCAUACUGAUGUGCGAUAGAGGCCUGUUCAGCUGUAGCUCGAUCUGCUACCGAUAGCAGACCCUUUGCAAAGCCACAGCGCCACCGGUGGAGCGAAAGGAAUGCCGGGAGCAGCCUGUAUAGAAUCGGCUAUAGCAGACGACGGAGGCAAGUGCGCGAAAGCAGGGGACGAUAUCAGCAAGUGCGCUGGUUUAAUAUAUAAAUAAUAAUUUAAAUCGAGAUUUAAAUCGUAUUAAUUUUCAUGCUCCACACUCAUGUCUACGCUUCGGCGGCUACAGGUUGGGACGCCGCAACGUCUGCGACACCAACUCUCAUCUGUCUGUCAUGUAUAGUUAUGUUUCCGCUUCUACAAGGAGCAGCCACCAAGAUUGCGACGAUUCGCCACAUUUCUUAAGUUGUCUCGCUACCGCUUCGUGUACACCCACACCGACGCGUGGACGUCUAAACGCACCAGUCAGAGACGUGUUCGAAACAUCUGGUGUCCCACUAUGCUAUGAAACACGAAGAGGGUGAUAUAGUUUGACAGGAUUAGAACGCCAGGGAGGUCCUUAGUUGUCCAGCAUCCAACGCAGCUUUCUAGCCCCGAUAAGGUGUCGGCGUCUUGCGUGCUUCGAGCGUGCAAUCGCGUCCAAAGCACUACGGAAGGCAACGAGCGCGUGACGGAGGCCGGACUUCAGAAAGAGACGCCCUGCCAUUCUCCUCUGAAUGGCUACAGGAGAGAACAUCUCAGUACGGUACAUAAGAAAACAUCGGUGUCGUUUUCUCUUGGCUAGUGGACCGUAGAGCACAGGGACAGAUUUUUCUAGUGUUUAUACAUGAGACUAAUUCGCUAAUAGGGCACAGUUCCUAAGCGAUAAAAGUCAAACUGAGGAUUUCUAUUUAUAUUGGUUAGUACUUUGUAUGAACAAACCAAUAAUUGGUUGGUUUCGCGCUGUAUACUUCCUUUCAGCUUAAGUUCAGACGCAGUCAAAUGUACGGGGUAAGUGGACCAAUCAAAAAGCUUCAAAGGAGCAAGUCAUUAAAGGCCUCUUCUGUUUAUGGUUGGUUCAGCGAUGAUCGAACGAGUACAGAAACAUUACGAAGACCAUGUUUGUGCGCUUUUGACGCGUUUUGUUUGGUCUCAUCUGCUCCUAGCGUCGGCUGCGUCUGAACUUACGGCGAAACGUAGUGAAUACCUUUUGCGCGUAGCGGCCGCCAUCUUGAAUUGUGGAGCUUCCGGCGUGGGGGAAAACGUCGUUAUGCCCUCGCCACGCAACUGGGAGGUGUUCAGGAUUUUAUCGCGACGGUCAAUCGGUCAAUCGCGACGGACAAUCGCGCAGAAACAGGAUUCGCGUGAAGGUUCUACGCGUGCUCAGUGCCGUCGACAGCGCCACCGCAGCUGCGUGACGUCGGGGCCGCGUGUUGGUCUAUAUCAUUUUACUCGGUCCAGGUUGUAAUAUUUUGGUGUUUCUCUCGUUGCCCAUACCUGGUGUGUGAACUACGUGGCUGGGGACGAGAGCAUACGGAAAAGGCCUAUAGCGUCCAGCAAUCGGCAAAAUGAAGGAGUUGCAUUUGGCAUUACACAGGAUGCAUCGCUUUUAUGAAAACGUUUAGAGAAACUAUUUAGAUUAUAGACAAAACCCUGGAUGAUCGCUUUGGUUUAUAAGAAUACUGAGCCGUAUACUACAAGAAGCUAAUAUUUAUUUAAAAAUGUAGCACUAACAACGCAAAGUUAGAAGCUUAAACUUCGCGAAUCCGCAACCUAAAAGCUUGCCUAUUCGCGAAUGCUUGCACCAGCAUCUUUGUACUCACCUAGUGGACGCCAUCAUUACGUCGUAAACAUGUAGCAACAUCAGGAGAGAAUUUGUAAAUCAAGUGCAUUGUUUUAUGUUUUGUAUGUUUACAUUUUAUCCCUGAAGAAUGAUGACAGUACACGGUUAAGCCUUAUGUGCAGUGAAUGUCCUCGGUCUACUGAAUGAUUUCUAGCCUUAAAGCAGUGUGUGAAGCUUAUUGUAAUGUCAAUAUUAAUAAACACCCAUGCGAUCAGUUUUUUGUAGAAACGGAAUCUCAAUGCAUUAACUUCUACCCUUCAUGAAUGCUAUGAAGUAUGAUAGUCCCUGAACCGUGUACAGUGUUGUUUUAAAAAAACCGGGGAAAAAUCGUCAUAGAUCAACAAAAACUCACACACAAGGCAGUUUGAACAACAUAGUCACGUGAACGCCUUGGAGGACGUUUUUCUUCUUAACAAAGCACAGGUUGUUCUGGUGUAUAAUGUGUGUUCGUACCAAAAAUAAAAACUAUAUCCUUUAUCGCUGGUUCACCGAAUAGCCCAAGUUAUGUUUCAGUAUUAAAAGUAAAUAAACUCUCAAUACAGACAUAUAUUUUGAGAGUACUUGUGUGUCACCUAUUAAGUGCCAAAAGUUUCCUGCACCCAUGUCACUGUCAGAAUCAUGAAUUUAAUGUAUAUAUGAAAAAAUCACUUCAUAGCCCAUUUCAAAGAGCAUAAACCACGUUCUUUUUUCAUACAAUUUAAAAGUGUGAGAGUGCGUUUGUCAGCGUGUUUUGGUUUGUACCUGAAAAUGAUCAUAAAUAUUGUCCACCAAUAUGAAAAAAUUUGGUGUCUAACGUUCCUUUGUUUAAACCCAUCCUGCUAUGGCUCAUACUUUGGAGAGCAAUACUCGAAAGUAUGAGCAAAACGUUGAACACGUUAUUUGUCUCAGAGUGUGAGAGCAGAC